AUCAGGCGCUUGCUUAGUCACUCAGUCUCUCUCUCUGUUUCUCUCGGCGCUCUUUUUAAGUAACCUCCCACUCUCUUCUCUCUGCUUCUUCCCCCAAUUCCGAAUGCAGUUACAGAGGAUGAAUCGUCUAGCGCCGUUAUCGGAGGAGCCGAUCGACGAACAUGACGGCCGCACUCGGAAUCGCAACCGGAGUGGAAGCGGCAGCGGUGGCGGAGGAGGACGAUCGUGGCGGAACUGGAUCAGAACUCAUUUGUCGAUCCUUUCUAGUGGAAAGAGGUCCGAUGGCCUUAACGUUCUCCUCAGCGUCCUCGGCUGCCCUCUGUUUCCGGUCUCCGUUCAACCUAACAAUUUCGUCUCCUCUGCCAAUCAGGUUUCAUCAUCGUCUCAAUAUAUCAUAGAGCAUUUUGCGGCGGCGACUGGGUGCCGGAAGUUAAAUGGGAGGGUGAAGAAUAUAUUUGCGACCGGGAAAUUAACGAUGGGGUUGGUGGAUGAGGUUAGUUCCGGCGGUGGCGCAAGUGGAGGAGGAGGAGUAGGAGGACCCACCGGCGGUGUAACACAGAAAGGUUGCUUUGUGAUGUGGCAAAUGAUUCCGAAUAAGUGGCUGAUAGAGCUGGCUGUGGGAGGCCACAGCAUCGUGGCCGGCAGCGAUGGCAACGUGGCUUGGAGGCACACGCCCUGGCUUGGCUCUCACGCCGCUAAGGGCGCCGUCCGCCCUCUCCGCCGUGCUUUUCAGGGACUAGAUCCUUUAGCAAUCUCAGAAGUAUUCUCUCCGGCCCAAUACAUGGGAGAGAAGCAAAUGAUGGGCAUUGAUUGUUUCGUAUUGAAAUUAUCGGUCGAUCAGACAGAUUUGGCCAAUCGAAGUGACAACACAGCCGAGAUGAUCAAGCACGCCAUUUAUGGCUACUUUUGCCAAAAACGUGGACUUUUGGUAUACUUGGAAGACUCCUCGCUGACUCGAAUUCAAUCCCCUGGUUCUCACCCUAUGUAUUGGGAAACAACGAUGUCCACAAAAAUUGGAGAUUAUCGAUCGGUCGAUGGUGUUAUGAUCGCCCACUCUGGUGAGACCAAUGUCGUCAUCACACGCUUUGGAGACGAUCUGAAAACGGGUCCUAUGAUUACACGAAUGCAGGAGAGUUGGAGUAUUGAUGAUAUGGCGUUUAAUGUUCCUGGAUUGUGUAUGGAUAGUUUUAUCCCGCCUCAACAGGUUCAAAAAGAUUGAGAUAAAGCAAGGGGUUGUGAGUGAAGGUGGAGGUGGAGGUGGGUGGAUGGGUUUAGUCGUUGAUUAAAUACAGGGCUUAAAGAAUACAAGGGGAAUGGUAUGUUAUAGUGGCUAA